CUCUGUUCAUCCAGCCAAAUAAGCACAGUAUAAAUAAAGGAAAAUACCAUCGACUCGAGCAAUGCAUGUUAUUUUUUUUGUUUAUUGUUUGUGAAUGGAGAUUAUGUAAAAGCGGGGUUGCUCUAUUUUCCACCGCUGUUCAUGCCCACACUUCCUUCAUUUUGUGGUGAGCCUUAAACACUGGCUACGAUGGAUGAUGACCGUUCAACAGACUCUGAUGAAGAAGGCGAGAGAACAAUGCUGAUAAACCCAGACCAAAGGAGAGACCAAGAUGAAACUGACACUGGGUGCUGUGUACUAUCAAAUAGAGACGAGCAUCAGCAGGGUAGCAGUGGUGUCCCGCAAGAACCAAAAGGGGUUGACUCAACGGUCUCUCGCAUAAGUUCGCCAAAGGCAGAGCAGCCAGAUUCCACAAAGAAAAACGCGUGCAAAGCCAAGUGGCCCUUCAAGCAACGCUCAUGCUCGAAGACCUCUGAGAAACGUUCGCUCUCCAGCUCCCAGGAAAACCUUUCAAGCGACCUACCCAGAAAGAAUGUUAAGAGUUGCCAUAAAUUCAUGAAGUAUCUUUUUCCGUCGUCGUGUGAAGCAAAGAGGAGAGAGCGAGAAAGGUUACUAGGUCAUCCUGAGGAUCAAGUCGACAACGAUGGGUCCAGAGGUGAUGAUGAUGAACCGUCCACAUCAUUUGAUACGUCUUCAAGAACUUAUGGAAGUGUCUCUGCAACGAAACAUGAAACCCUUCCAGGAAGUUCCUCUCAGGUUUCAAAGGAAUUUGAAAAAUGCAAACAGUGUUCCUGCGUUUCCGGCGAUUCUCCCGUACCGUGUGGUCACUUUAACCUCUUACCCCCUCAGGUAAUCACGCACAUCUUCUCGUUUCUCACCGUUCGUGAACUGACUUGCACUGCAGCGUUGGUCUGUAAGCACUGGUGGAGAAUGAGUCGGGCCUCCUGCCUGUGGCUUGAGAUCCGACUGUGUGAUCACAACGCCAGCAUUACCGACGAGGUGUUGAUCAGUCUGGGCUCGCGUCAUCGCAGUGUCAGACUCCUGAACUUGUCCGACUGUCUGAAAAUCACCAAUAAUGGACUGUCGAGGGCACUGUCUUAUUGUGGAGUGCUGCGUGAACUGUAUCUGAUCAGAUGUUCCCAGCUGACUGAAGGAGCUUUUCUCUCUGUUGCCAAGCAUUGCCUGAAUCUGAUCCAUCUUGACUUAUCAAGUUGCACUGGACUCACAGAUCAAUCCCUGAAGUCGAUUGCAGAGCAGUGUCCCCGAUUACAGAAGUUGCGUUUAAAACAGUGCCCUCAUAUAUCGGAUUUGUCUCUGCAAGUUGUUGCGUCAAGCUGCCGACGACUGAAAGUACUAACAUUGACGGAUAAUGACAAGAUAACGGACAUGACGCUUGAAUCUCUCGCGAAACACACUCACAACCUUGAGAUCUUGUGUCUACAGAACUGUGGCAUUCAUCCUCCAGGAGUAAUGCAGAUAAGCAAGCUUCAGCAUCUUAAGAAGCUGGACCUGAGCAACCUGUCGACUCUCACACCAGAGGCUGUGAAAUUAGUGGCCAAGCACUGCACAUUGUUAGAUACACUCAAUCUGAGUCUGUCUAAGGAGGUGAGCGACGACAGCGUGUCGUGCGUCGCUGUGUCUUGUAAGAGGCUGACAGUGCUCUUCCUCAUCUCCUGUACAAUCACUGACAGAGCUUUGUUCAGCAUCGGUGAAAACAGUCUUCAACUUGAGCACCUAGACAUCAGCUGGUGCUCCUACAUCACUGGCAAAGGUGCGGCCUUUGUAUCCUCACGCUGCCCUCGCUUGAAAUAUCUCGGUUUGAUACGCUGCAACAAAGUUAGCGACAACGUGGUAGAGGGAUUGGUGAACGAUCAUCCCGGUAUACAUUACAGUACAUUCCUGUUGGAUAGCAAGAGACUGAUUGAUAAGGCCAGAGAACAAGGUUUCGUCACAUUAGAAUGAGCUCAAAAUCAAGUUUGAUCAUCUUGAAAUAAGAAAGCCUGGGUAUUGUCCGAGUCAAGCGAGUUCAGCUCUGGCUAUGGUCAUUGGCAGCAGCGACAACGUUGAAGAAGGCACCUUUUCAGCGAUCCGUCAAUACUGAAACAUUGACUGGCUCUGGAGGGACUGAGCAAUUCUAUGAAUCUGGUUCAAGAGCCACACCGAUAUCUCUUCUCCAAUCGUAUGUGUUGCGAUAUCAGCAACUACGUUAACAGGAAGAGCAUUGACAAAAAAGACUAUACAAUCCUCCACACCCAGUCCAAAAAGUAGUGCUUGCAUGCCCUGGACUUCCCUGCCUAGCUAGGACUUCCCCCUGUGCCGAAGGGUGGGACGUAAAGCCGUUGGUCCCAUGUGUUGUGUAACGCAUGUAAAAGAACCCAGUGCACUUAU